AUGAUGGAAAUACUAUCUAGAGAUCUGCCUCGGCGAUCAUUCCUUGCACUACUCUUAGCAACCUUUCUCUUUACCCUUACUCGAAUAUCAUCUAUUGUCCAUGUCGAUAAAGAAGAACAAAAUGGCCAUCUUAGGGAAAGAGCUCUCAGCAAUAACACGACAGUGGCCCCGAAAGUCCUCAUUGACUGGGAUACAUAUGUUCGAAAUGGUGCAGCUCUUUCCUGUGCCAUGCAAGCCACUGAAGAUGGUGCUCGUCAAUACAUACGGCCCGAUGUCCCCGUUAACAGCCCGUGGGUUGACUACGGUGAUUUGAAUACCUGGGGAUGGGAGCCGCAGACACAGCCGGGCGUCCUGUACGACAUCAACCGUGCCCUCCGCACAGCAUUCGGAGCUUUGAACAUAGAUUCGGCACAGAAUAUUUAUAUCGAGAUUAAGCAGUAUACCCCAGUUAAUGUUGAUGGCGAGGAAUAUCAGUCCACUGGCGCUAUGUAUGGAAGCGCCUAUAACCUCCAAGACGGCGUAAUUAUCUCGCACAGUGCUCAUAGCCCUGAGUAUGCGACUCCCAACCUUGAUAGGUACCCGAAAUGUAGAAAAUGGUCCGACGUGACCUUCCUUCAAUGGCAACAUAUGGCGCAGGGGAACGUCCAGAACCUGAACCACGUUUUCCAAGAGUCCAUUACAAAUCGUGAUACGCAAACUAUCAUGCGAAGGGUUCUGCGAAAAGCUGAUGAUUGGGACGAUUGGAAUCAAUUACGUGAUCCUUCAAUGUGGAGAUCAUUCUACCCCCAGAGUGAUGAGUUCAAUGCGUUGCUCUAUACCCCAAAUGUGCGCGGUGUUGCCUGGCUGUUAAUCCAGCACAAGCAGCAAUUAGGCAGAAGAAUAAUCUCCAAGAUUACAACGUUCGGGGCGAAUUGGCAGCCAGCACUCUAUCUGAAGAUCGACGCUGUUCCUGAAAGCUGAGUAUGGAGCUCCUAUAGUGUAUUAAUGGUGAAGUCCGAAGACACUGCCAUCUUAGAAAGGAAAUUCAUCAAUGGGCAGACUAGGUCUGCAUAGUGCGAGGCUUUGAUAGAAGGAUCAUGGGAGGAUAUGAUCGAGGGAGACCAACAUAUG